GAGGAGGAAGAGGAGGAGGGCGAGGAAAAAAGAGGAGCCAGUCUCUGGCCGCGGGAGAGAAGAAUGGGAGUAAGGGGCAAAAGAGAUCCAAGGAGUGUCACGGCUUCUGGAAAGACUGGGCGCUCCGAGACUCGCUUCUGGGGCUUCUGAAUCCCGGAGGGCUUGGCAAGAUCGCAGUGAGCUGGCGAGCCUGGGCACGGUAACUGCAGAGAUUGGGGCAUGGAGAGGAACAGCUCGGGCGGAGCGAAGCUGAGUGCCAGCCACCGCCUGGCAGGGGAUGGGCAGCAGCAGACCCUGAAGUCCUGUGCCCUGGGCAGCGCGGGCGGCGGCGGCGGCGGCGGCGGCGGCGGCGCUGGUAGCGCCCCUCGGGGCCAAGUUGGGGCGGCGGUGGAUCUCGGGGAGCUUCUCCAGAGAGCCCAGGAUUUCAAGAACCAGGGAGCGCAGUGCUACAAGGACAAGAAAUUCCGCGAAGCCAUCGGCAAAUACCACCGGGCGCUUCUGGAGCUCAAGGGAUUGCUGCCUGCCCUGGAGGAGCGGGACAAGGACACCCAGGCACCUUCCACCGCCUACGGGGCCAAGCUGGGCCACCUAACCGAGGAGCAGAGCAAGACGGUGGAAGCCGUAGAGAUCGACUGUUACAACAGUCUGGCAGCCUGUCUGCUCCAAGCUGAACUGGUGAAUUAUGAGAGAGUCAAGGAAUAUUGCCUCAAAGUUCUGAAGAAAGAAGGGGAAAAUUUUAAAGCCCUCUACCGGUCAGGAGUGGCUUUCUACCAUCUGGGAGACUAUGACAAGGCUCUCUACUACCUGAAAGAAGCAAGGUCCCGGCAACCAACAGAUACCAAUGUGAUACGGUAUAUCCAACUGACAGAGAUGAAACUCAGCAGAUGUUCCCAGAGAGAGAAAGAAGCCUUGUAACCAGGAAGCUUCCUUCAGAGAUGGACCCAUGGUGGACAUUUCCCCUUUCUGGGUUUGGUCCCUUUCCUGCACCUCUCCCACCUUCCUUCAGAAACCCCCUUAACUCUUUGUCUUCUUCAGAGAGAAGAGAGAGAGAGAGAGAGAGAGAGAGAGAGAGAGAGAGAGAGAGAGAGAGAGAGAGAAGCCCAUCUUGGAACCUGGCCAGUUGCCAGAAAAUGGCCAAACCCUGCUCCCCUGAUUCAAAGAAGCCUGAAGAGGUUUG